ACACAUUAAAAACCGAAUCCUCACUCUCGCGUAAAACCCCACAGACCCGCCACAAACAACAACAGAGCUCCAGAAUCGCUCUGUUCUGCUUCAAACUUCCCUCUCUCUCUGUUGCAGAGAACACAAACCCUAACCGUGACACGUGUUGUUCCUGAACACAUGGCUUCAUCACUUUUUCAAGUUCAACACACGUCGUCAUCAACCAUGCCUUUCACUUCUUCCUCCUCCUCUCUCUUCACCGGCGCCUCUCAUGCCUCCACCGUUCGAACAUUAGGUUUUCUUGACCUUCCCCGCACUCGAACCGUCGCGUACAAUAGCGUGAAAUGUGAUAUGUCUGAAGCUUCGAAUUUGCUUAACGGGAAACCGAUUGUUCCCGUUCUACCCAAGUUCAUGGAAUCUGCAAAAACUGAGAACACCGUUAGUAGAAACGGUAGCAAGUUGAAAUUGUUCUCCGGUACCGCUAAUCCUGCACUCUCUCAGGAAAUUGCUCGGUAUAUGGGUUUGGAGCUUGGAAAAGUUUCGAUAAAGCGAUUUGCAGAUGGUGAAAUCUAUGUCCAGUUACAAGAGAGUGUUAGAGGUUGCAAUGUAUACCUUAUUCAACCAACAUGCCCUCCUGCAAAUGAGAAUUUCAUGGAGCUUCAGAUAAUGAUCGAUGCAUGUCGAAGAGCUUCCGCCAAAAACAUCACUGCUGUCAUUCCAUAUUUUGGAUAUGCUAGAGCUGAUAGAAAGACUCAAGGGCGUGAAUCAAUUGCAGCUAAACUUGUUGCGAAUCUUAUUACCAAAGCUGGGGCGGAUCGUGUUCUUGCUUGUGAUCUUCAUUCUGGGCAGUCCAUGGGUUACUUUGAUAUUCCAGUGGAUCAUGUGCAUUGUCAGCCUGUGAUCCUUGAUUAUCUUGCUAGUAAGACAAUAAGUUCGAAUGACUUGGUGGUUGUUUCCCCUGAUGUUGGUGGUGUUGCAAGAGCACGUGCUUUUGCUAAGAAGUUAUCUGAUGCACCUUUGGCUAUUGUAGACAAAAGGCGCCACGGACACAAUGUAGCUGAGGUGAUGAAUCUGAUUGGUGAUGUAAAAGGAAAAGUUGCUGUAAUGGUGGAUGAUAUGAUUGACACUGCUGGAACCAUUGCCAAGGGUGCAGCACUAUUACAUGAAGAGGGAGCUAGGGAAGUUUAUGCUUGUUGCACUCACGGAGUUUUCAGCCCUCCUGCAAUUGAGAGGCUAUCCAGUGGCUUAUUUCAAGAGGUGAUAAUUACCAACACCAUUCCAGUUUCAGAGCAGAACUAUUUCCCUCAGUUAACUAUUCUUACCGUAGCAAACCUGUUGGGUGAAACUAUUUGGAGAAUUCAUGAUGAUAGUUCUGUCAGUAGUAUUUUUCAAUGAACAUCUUAAAUUGCCUUUUGCAGUUAAUUUCAAUCAAUAAAAUGUUGUUAAUUAUAGGCGUAUCUAUUCUAGCUCUCGCCCAGUAUAUCAUUUUGGUUUCAAUUUUAAAUGUCAUGUAGUGGACCUUUAUCUUUAUAUAUAAUAAAUUUUGAAAUA